CCCUAACAGUCUUUUCUUUCACUGUUGAAGCCCGCCCCCUCCCCUCCCCCUCACUUUCCUUCUUCUUCCUCAAGCUCCAAGCAAGCCAUCAAUGGCUACCCUCUUUACCAUCUCCACACACACACACCCCCUCACCCCUUCACACUCACACACAGACACAUCAACACAUACACACACAUACACAAUAGAAAACGCACACACGCAGCAGCCGUUCAUGGCUGCUGCUUCUUCUUCGUUCUUCGUCCUAACGACCCUACUGUCAUCGCGCAGCUGCUGCUCCGUCCAGCCAGUCACACACAGUCCGUCGCAUCGUCGACCACCUUCGAUGUUUCUUCGUCUCCGAGCAGCCAUGAACGAGCUCGAGCUCAAGCUUUCAUGGUUGCCGACUUCGACCAUGGCUUCGUCCAAACGAGCAUCGUCGUUGCCACCAGUUGAGCAGCGUUGCUAUUGCUGCUUCGUCCACCUGCUGAUGCGUUCCUCGUCGUCGACCAGCCUGGCUCACGAUCAAACAACUAUCGUCCAGCCACUCCAACCCUCAACCAAACGUCCAAAUCUAAUUGUUUCUCUGUGUGUGCGACACUGUGCGAGUUUGCGACUGUUGCCUUCUUCCUCAGCUCCGUGCGACUGCUGCCUUCUUCCUCAGCUCGAUUGUUCCACUUUCUGUCUUGAUGAUGAGUGAUAAGAAUCGUUCGAUCGUCACUGCAACAUGGUGCUUGAAAAUGGUAAGGAAAAUGUUAAGGAAACGUCAACCUGUUAACAAAGAUAGGUUUAUUAGCAAGAUGUUCUUUCGUGGAGAUUCUGUGAUCAUUGUCCUCCGAGUUUUUCGUUUCCGUUCGAGUUCAUCGUUGCUCAUUUCCGGUUAGUUGGUUUAAGUUUCGUUUUCCGUAUUUUAUUUUGAUAUUUUCGGAUUUAAAAUCGGUAAAUGUUUGAUUCUUGUUUUGUUCAUGUAUAUCGUUGAAUUAACUUUCUAGUUUGUUCAUAUGUUUUGUUGAA